AUGAGCAGCCACCAGACAGUAAAAAUCUUCAAGAAAUCUUCUAUCCCAGGAGUUGCUGUCACUCAGUUUGUGAAUGAUGUUCCAGAAGGAUGCAGCACACCUGAUUUUGAGAGGAAACCACUCACUCUGACACUGCAGGAAGGUAAAGAUGCCAUUUUCAGAGCUGUGGUCAAAGGUGUCCCAGCUCCUGAGGUGAAAUGGUCACGUACACAGAAAGGAAUGGAUGAUCCUGCCAAAUAUCAAAUGUCCUUCAAUAGUGCUACAAAUGAAUUCAUUCUGCAGAUCAAGAGCCUGGUUCCGGAUGACAGUGAUUUGUAUCGCUGCUGUGCUGUCAAUGCCUACGGAGAGGCCUCGUGCUCUGCUGGCCUCAGGAUCCUCCAAGUUGGCUUUAAGAGGAAGGCAAAAUAUGUUCCUGUUCAUGCUGCUGAUGAGCUCAAGAAGACACUCCUGGACUCCAGGAAGAUGCUGAGGAAGAGGGCUGCAGCACCAAAACCAAAGCCCCUGGACAAAGAAGCUGUGUGGCAGCUGCUGCUGCAUGCAGAUAGGAGAGAUUAUGAGAAAAUCUGUAUAAAAUAUGGAAUUGCUGACUUCCGUGGGAUGCUGAGGAAGCUGCAGGAGAUGAGGAAGGAAACAGAGAGUGAACAAGACAAGUUAAUUCACAGUCUCAAAAACUUUGAACACAUCAAAGUCAACAAGGAGGGAAAUGCUACGUUCAGCCUCGAGAUGGAGCUGAAAAACAGCAACAGCAAUGUUUACCUGCUCAAGGACGGCGAGCGGCUCCGCUACGGGACCGGGGACGAGUACAGGAAGCACUGCCUGCGGAGGGUCGGCAGGAGGUACUACUUCACUGUCAACGAUGUGCAGCCCGAGGACGCAGGGGUGUACCAGGUCAGGGUGGAGGACGUCCCUGUCUUCUCAACCGAACUCGAUGCUCAAGCCAUCCCGGCGCGGUUCCGGCAGCCGCUCUCCGACGUGCGCUGUGCCGAGGCCGGGGACGCCGAGUUCCAGUGUGUGCUGUGCACGCCCUGCCACCAGCCCCUGUGGCUGCACAAAAGCCGCCCCCUCCAGGCCAGUGGCAAGCACCAGAUCUCUGUGACACCCGAUGGCCUGACCCACAAGCUGACUGUCAGGAACGUGGGGCCCUCGGACAGCGGCCUGUACACGCUCGACGCGGGACAGGGCUCCUCCAGCGCCUGGCUCGUCGUGGAGUAUGCCAAAGGAAAGAGGAGUCAGGAUGAAGGAGAAAAGAUUGUAAGGGAGACAUCUGAGUGGCUGAAAGAAACAAUGGCAGAUAAUGAAAGGGCGAGGAAGCUUCGGCGCCAAGAGCAAGCUGCUGCUCAAGAUUGUUCUUCCUUCCCCACAUCCUCUGGUGGGGAGAAAAGUGGCUGGUAUAGAACAGGUCAAGGCAGCAGUCAAGGCAGGGGCCAAGGACACUCCCUUGAUUCUGGUGAUGGAAGCCAAAUUUUUUUGGGAAAAGAAGGGCUACACAAAACCCACAUGAAUGGAGAGAUGGGGUCUGGGCAGUUUUCUGGAGCAGGUCUAGAUGGAGACUCAGCAGCCAAUGAUGGCAGCAUCUUUGGACUAAAAGGGGGCAGAAGUGGGUUAAGGGCUGUCCAUGGCAUGGACUCUGUGUCAGGCAGAGCAGGUCCUGGUGGUACAGGAGGAGGGGCAGGUGAACGGAAUUCUGUAGAUGGCAGAGGUGAAGGUUUGCUGGGUGCUGUUGACAUUGACAUGGAUGAUGGAGAAGGUUUGGGCUCUCAGCAUGACAAGGAUGGGAAUUUAGGUGAUGCCAGUUACAGAGCUGGUUUUGGGGGUGCUGGGAGGUUGGGUGGUGGAAGUUCUGUGCCAGAUAGGCUUGAUCCCGAUUCAACUGGAGUGGGAGCCAGAGGAAUGAGGUCCCACCAUGGCAAGGAUGGGCAUGCCACUGUGGGUGAUAUGAAUGGAGCAGGUAUAAACAGAGAGGGACAAACAAGGACUCCCUAUGGCAAGGAUGGCCUGAUACCUCAUGCCAGUGGUCAGUUAGGGCAGACAGGAAGAUCUGACUCAUUGUAUGGGCCAGGAGGCCUUCCAGGUGGAGAUGGGGCUACACCUGGUAGAGUUGGCAAUUCCACAGGAGAAAUUGGGGCUUUGUAUGGUCCAGAUGGUCAGGCACUGGGAGCAGGUGCUGAUGGUGCUGGUGGAGUUGGUGCAGGGGGACUUGGAGCUCCCUAUGGGAAAGAUGGUCUUCCAAUUGGAGCAGGUGCUGGUGGGGCUGGUAGUGCAGAGGGACUUGGAUCUCUCUAUGGGAAGGAUGGUCUCCCAGCUGGGGCUGGUGGUGCUGGUGCAGGAGGAUUUGGAGGGGCUUUGUAUGGUCCAGAUGGUCGGCCACUUGGAGCAGGUGUUGGUGCUGGUGCUGGUGCUGGUGCAGGGGGAUUUGGAGCUCCCUAUGGAAAGGAUGGUCUGCCAGUUGGAGCAGGUGUUGGUGGGGUUGGUGUAGCUGGUGGAGGGGGAUUUGGAGCUCCCUACAGAAAGGAUGGUCUCCCAGCUGGAGCAGGUGUUGGUGCUGGUGGUGGUACUGGUCCAGGGGGAUUUGGAUCUCCCUAUGGAAAGGAUGGUCUCCCAGCUGGAGCAGGUGCUGGUGGGGCUGGUGCAGGGGGAUUUGGAUCUCCCUAUGGGAAGGAUGGUCUCCCAGCUGGAGCUAGUGGAGCUGGUGUAGGAGGACUUGGAGAGGCUUUGUAUGAUCCAGAUGGUCGGCCACUUGGAGCAGGUGCUGGUGCUGGUGCAGGGGGAUUUGGAGCUCCCUAUGGCAAGGAUGGUCUGCCAGUUGGAGCUGGUGUUGGUGGUGUUGGUGCAGGGGGACUUGGAGCUCCCUAUGGGAAGGAUGGUCUCCCAGUUGGAGCUGGUGUUGGUGGUGUUGGUGCAGGGGGACUUGGAGCUCCCUAUGGGAAGGAUGGUCUCCCAGUUGGAGCUGGUGGAGCUGGUGCAGGAGAGGCUUUGUAUGGCCCAGAUGGUCGGCCACUUGGAGCAGGUGUUGGUGGUGAUGGUGCAGGGGGAUUUGGAAUUCCCUAUGGAAAGGAUGGUCUCCCAGUUGGAGCUGGUAUUGGUGGAUCUGGUAGUAUAGGAGGACUUGGAUCUCUCUAUGGGAAGGAUGGUCUCCCAGUUGGAGCUAGUGGAGCUGGUGUAGGAGGACUUGGAGAGGCUUUGUAUGGCCCAGAUGGUCGGCCACUAGGAGCAGGUGUUGGCACUGCUGGUUCUGCGAGCGCCACGGGAAUUGGAGCUCCCUAUGGCAAGGAUGGUCUGCCAGUUGGAGCAGGUGCUGGUGGGGCUGGUGGUGCAGGGGGAGUUGGAGGUCCUUAUGGAAAGGAUGGACUCCCAGCUGGAGCAGGUGCUGGCUUUAGUGGUGCAGGGGGUGUUGGGGGUCCCUAUGGAAAGGAUGGUCUCCCAGCUGGAGAUGGUUUUGGUAGUGUUGGUGCAGGGGGACCUGGAGCUUCCUGUGGGAAAGAUGGUCUCCCAACUGGAGCAGGUGUUGGUGUUAGUGAUGCGGGGGGAGUUGGGGGUUCCUAUGGGAAGGAUGGUCUCCCAGUUGGAGCAGGUGCUGGUGGUGCUGAUGCAGGAGGACUUGGAGAGGCUUUGUAUGGUCCAGAUGGUCGGCCACUUGGAGCAGGUAUUGGUGCUGGUGCUGGUGCAGGGGGAUUUGGAGCUCCCUAUGGGAAGGAUGGUCUCCCAGCUGGAGCUGGUGGAGCUGGUGCAGGAGAGGCUUUGUAUGGUCCAGAUGGUCGGCCACUAGGAGCAGGUGUUGGUGCUGCUGGUUCUGCAAGUGCCACGGGAAUUGGAGCUCCCUAUGGCAAGGAUGGUCUGCCAGUUGGAGCAGGUGCUGGUGGGGCUGGUGGUGCAGGGCGAGUUGGAGGUCCUUAUGGAAAGGAUGGUCUCCCACUUGGAGCAGGUGCUGGUGUUAGUGGUGCAGGGGGUGUUGGAGGUCCCUAUGGAAUGAAUGGUCUCCCAGCUGGAGCUGGUGUUGGUGGGGCUGGGGGAGUUGGGGGUUCCUAUGGAAAGGAUGGUCUCCCAGCUGGAGCUGGUGCUGGUGUUAGUGGUGCAGCAGGUGUUGGGGGUCCCUAUGGAAAGGAUGGUCUGCCAGCUGGAGCUGGUGCUGGUGGUGGUGGUGCAGGGGGUGUUGGGGGUCCCUAUGGAAAGGAUGGUCUCCCAGUUGGAGCAGGUGCUGGUGGAGCUGCUGGUGCAGGGGGUGUUCGGGGUCCCUAUGGAAAGGAUGGUCUCCCAGCUGGGACUGUGGCAGGAGCUGCUCAUUUUGCUCUUGGAGGUGAGGAAGCAAUGGGAUUGGGCCGUGGCACGGAUGCCACACUGAGCAGAGCUCCAGGAUAUGCAGGUGGAGCAGGAGGAGAGGGCUUUUCCAGGGAAGGCUCUGCCCUGUGGGGUGCAGGGUCUCCCUAUGGCAAGGACAGAGGGUCAGGUGUAGCCACAGCUGGUGCAGGUGGAGCUGGGAGGCUGGGAGGGGAUGGAUGGGAUUCAGUCGGUGGUAAAGGAGGUAUGGGAGCUGCUGGUGGACCAGGAGGUGAAUAUGGGCUGGACGCACAUCUUGGCAGAUCUUUGAGAGGUGAAACUGGAAAGGGCACUGCCAGUGAUGUCAGAGGGCCAGGGAACAAAGGUUCAGCUGGUGACAGAGGGUCCCUGUCAGGUCCAGGAGGAGCCAGGGGAGAGGGCAGAGAUUUCCCACAGUUGGGCUCUCUUUAUUCUGCCUUUGGAGAGGCAGAGAGUAAAUCCCAUGACAGAUCUGUUGAUGGGAGUAGUUCAGGUGGGUUUGGUCAAGGUCCACUGAGUUAUGGCCAGGUGUCAGGUCCUUUUGGUGGACCUCCUUCAGCAAACCAGAGAAACCAGGAACCUGAUCUGGAUCUUAAAGCAAAUGAUUCCCUGAACAACACGGAAAGCACAGCACCAAAGAGACGGAGUGUCCUGGAUGAUCUUAAAGUCCCGCGCUGUUACCUCAACAAGCAGCUGGCGACCGUGCGAGUGCUGAAGGGGGACCCGGCUGAGCUGUCCUGCACUGUCAGCAGGGACAACGUGACAGGAACCUGGUUUAAGGAUGGCCUAAAGUUAACAAGCAUGGAUGGAGUCGUCUUUGAAAAGAAAGGUCUUGUCCACAAACUGAUCAUCAACAAGGCUGAAGAUAUUCAUGCUGGGAAAUACAGGUUUGAAGGUGGAGAUGUAAAAACUGAAGCUUCAAUUUUUAUUGAAGAUCCUCCCCAGGUGGACAAAGUUCUCCUCAAGAACUUGACCAGUGUCCCCACAGUGGCCAAGGCCGGGGAGGGGGUGAAGCUGCGGAUCCCAUUCGAGGGUCGGGGGCCCAUCAGGGCGGCGUGGCUGAAGGACAGGAUGGAGCUGGGGGAUGACUCCAGGAUCCGUGUGGACAAGACAGACACCUGCACCACGCUCUCCAUCUCCAGCUGCGACAGGAGGGACUGUGGGGAUUACAAAGUCAGGCUCAAGAACGACAGUGGUGUCCUGGAGAUCAACCUAAAGCUCAUGGUGAUAGACAAGCCACAGCCUCCAGCAGGACCCAUCAAAAUUGUCGAAAGCUCCGCCAACAACAUCACGAUCCAGUGGAAGCCCCCAAAGGAUGAUGGGGGCAAACCAGUGCAAAGGUACCUCGUGGAGAGGCAGCAGGUGGGCAGGAACGACUGGGAGACUUUGGGAGAAACCCCCAGGAGCUGCACCAGCUUCACCACAAACAAAGUGGAGGAAGAGAUGAGCUACUACUUCAGGGUGAGGGCCGUGAACGCUGAGGGAGUGAGCGAUGCGCUGGAGUCAGGGGAAGUGAAGGCUGCUGGUAAAGGCUCCCCUGGUGCCCCAAAUCGCCCUGAGAUCAUCACUGCCAGCAGGGACACCAUCACCAUAUCCUGGAAAGCUCCUUGUAAAACUGGCACUUCCCAAAUUAUGGGAUACAUUGUUCAGAAACGCAAGAAGGGCACUGUGACCUGGCUGCCAGUCACCAACGUGCCUGUCAAAGACAAGAAACUGAAGGUGACAGGCCUCAAGAAGGGUGUGCAGUAUGAGUUCCGUGUGGCAGCUGUCAAUGCUGCUGGCACAGGACAGCCCAGUGACCCCUCAGAGCCUGCCUUUGCCCGGGACCCCACCGAAUCUCCAGGCCAAGUGCAGGACCUUAAAGUGAGCAGCAGUGACAGCACCAGUGUCACCUUGACAUGGAACAAACCUGAAGUACAAGAUGGGAAUGAUGUGAAAGGCUAUGAGGUGGAGAUGAGGCCCUGUAACAGCCUCACCUGGACCAAGUGCUUCACCCUCCCUGCUGGGAGCACCUCGUGCAGGGUGCAGGGCCUGCAGGCCAGGGAGAAGCUGUUGCUGCGCGUCAGGGCCCUCGGCGACGGCGGCCCAGGCGAGGCCGCGGAGCUGGAGGCGUGUGCUGGAGCUGCUGCUGCUGCCCUGGUUUCUCCCAGGUUCCUGAUAGAUGACACAGUGAAAAGCUUCCUGCUUAUAAAAGCAGGGGAUCCCAUCCGGGUGAAGAUUCCCUUUGAGGGAUCUCCCGAGCCGGUGGUGACGUGGUUAAAGGACGGGCUCCCCCUGCCCGGCCGCGCUGCCGUGAGCACCGAGGAGGGCAGCAGCCAGCUGCUGCUCAGGGCAGCCGAGCUCGGCGACAGCGGCACCUACACUGUGGAGCUUGGGGAUGGGCUGGGCAAAAAGGAAACCUUCAGCUUCCAGGUUCAAAUUACAGAUAUCCCUCAGCCCCCUGGAGCCAUCCGGCUGGAGGAGAAUGUCCCCAACACAGUGACAGUGACCUGGGAGCCCUCAGCCUCUGAGCAGUGGGAGAAGAACCUGUAUUACACUGUCCUGAAACGGGAAUCCCAGAAGGGCCUGUGGCAUGUGCUGGGGGACCUGAUCUACAACAACAAGUUCACCUUCACCAGGGUGGUCCCAGGCAGGGAUUAUUACUUCAGGGUUGUGGCAAAAAAUGACCUGGGAGCCAGUGAUCCAUCAGAGACUGUGCAGCCCUGGAGGAUCUGGAAAAAAAAGGCUGAAUUUCGAGUGAAAGCACAGAAAUACAGAGGAGUUAACCAGAACCAGCCCCCGAGGUUCCUGGUGCCGCUGAAGUGCCACGUGGUGGUCACGGGCAGUGAGUGCCACAUGAGCUGUGCUGUGGGAGGCCAUCCCCCACCAAAAGUCACUUGGUACAAGGACAGCAGAGACCUCUCCAGAGAUCCCAACUACUUCUGCACCAACGACUUCGGCGUGUGCUCGCUCGUGGUGCUGGGGGUCACCAAGCAGGACGAGGGGGAGUACAUGGUGGAAGCCAGCAAUGAAGUGGGCCGUGCCUUCAGCAAAGCCUUCCUCUCCAUCAAAGACUUUUAG